GAAUUUAAAAAAAAUUUUUUGAUAGAGCGCGAGGAAGGUUUCGUUCACCUGUGGUGAAAAUGCAACGUCCACAUGGAUUUGGUGUGCGUUCGUCGAAUUCGCCGUAGGUCAGCGAUUUUCCAUACAUAUCGACAUAAAAUGAAAAUACAUAAGUGAACACAAAAGAUAAUGUUUAGUGAUCACAUUGAGUACAUUCAAACUGGAUAAUUGAGAAUGGUGAAACUAUAAGUCUUGAAUAUUUGGAAGAUUAAUCGAAAAUGGGAGCGCUCGCUACUAGGCAACAUGCUGGUGUCGAAGAAGUAGAUAUAAUUUCUAAUCAUGCAUAUAAAUACCCACCAAGAUCAGGAAACUAUUUCGGAAGUCAUUUCAUAAUGGGUGGAGAAAGAUUUGAUACUCCCCAACCUGAAUCAUAUUUAUUUGGAGAAAAUUCUGAUUUGAACUUCUUGGGAUGUAGACCCACACCUUUUCCAUACCCACCUCCACAGCCAAACGAACCAACAAAAACUCUGAAAUGCUUGGUUAAUAUACGAAAGGAAUCACUCCGAUUUGUUAGAGCCCCUUCAGAUGUUGGUAAACUUCCAGUGAAUAAACAAAAAAAGGAUCUAAGGGAAAUUGAAGCUGGGAAAGGAUCUCCUGUUAAUAUUGAAUUCACAUUUGACAGUGAUGUUAGAUGCUCUAUCACAAUAUACUACUUUUGUACCGAAGAUUAUGGCCCCAAUGGAGUAACGUAUACACCCAGAGAUCCUAGUCUUGUAUCAGAAACUUAUCAUUAUAAAAAAGGUGCUAACCAGCAAUUUUGUCAAAUGAGCCAUAUAUUUGAUCCAUCUGGCUAUUCUGAAGAUGAACUAUUAUACGAUGUUGACAGAGAGAUAAUUCCUAUUGCUAUUCAUGUUGUGGCAGAAGGUCCUGAAGAUUUGAAACAAUCCCAUACCACAAUUGCUACAGUUGAAAAAAUUACUGAUGGAAUAUAUUUACUAAAAGCUCUAAAGCAGAAGCUUUUUGUUGAUGGGUUGUGUUACCUUCUUCAAGAGAUCUAUGGAAUUGAAAACAAGAAUAACGAUAAGCACGCACAAGAUGAUGAUACCGAGGAUAAUGGUUCAGAAUGUGUGAUAUGCAUGUGCGAUGUCAGAGAUACAUUGAUUUUACCGUGUCGUCAUCUGUGUCUUUGUAAUUCUUGUGCAGAUUCUUUGAGGUACCAAGCCAACAACUGUCCAAUAUGUAGAGCACCGUUCAGAGCUCUUUUGCAAAUUAGAGCUCUACACAAGAGUCUAACGCCUAAUCUGGUUCCAAUUAAUUCUGCUGAGGGGGUGUGCGAUAAUAUUCCACCAGGAUACGAGGCAGUGUCACUUAUCGAGGCGCUCAAUGGACCUUGUCAACCAAGACAACCCCCAUCGGCAAUGCCAGAUUUGGUAGAGACACCGGAAAGUGAAAAUGCUAUUCAGGCAGCUCAGAUUCUGAAUCGUCAUGUCGAUAGGAGUUCUUCAAAGAGUAGAAAUUUAGGCAGUCCAGAGUAUGGAAGUUUGGUAAUUAAUCGAGAACAAGAUGGUAGAGAACCGAUUCAACUGCCAUACCUUUACGAUAAAACAGCCAAGACAUACCGUUCGAAAGACAAUGUCAAGCAUGUCAAUGAAAAAGCAUCCAAUAAAGUGGAUACACUGGAUGAUGAUAGUGAGACUGAAAAGUUAUCGCCACUCUUGCAAAAAAAUAGUAGUUCCAAAAACUUGACACAAUUGGAAGUGACUGAUUUAGAAUCGUAUGACGUUGAGAGUGAACAGGAACAUCAGAAAAAGUCCAGUGAAAAACCAAAAGGAAGAACUGAUGAAAAUCGAGGUGAUGAUUCCGACUAUUAUACUCCAGAAGAACCAAACCCUUCUUCUCUAUACGAACCCAAUAUUCCGAGUAGCUCCUUAGAAAGCACGCCUCAGAAAAAUUCUGGUACCCCCCACUCUCAGUCAAGUACCAGAAGCAGUGGAGACAGUUACAGCAGUGGAAACAGUACUAAACGUCUUCUCACUGUAGUAGUUAGUGAUGAAAACUCAGAAGGAGCCGUUCAAAUUUAAAUAUUGGAAUCUCGAAAUUUUCAUAUUUGAAAUUUAUAUUUAUCAAAGAUGACUUCAUUUUCAUCAAUUGUUGUGAAUUAUUGGAUAUUUUAAUGUUAAAACAAGAUCAUUCAGGUAGGUUUUGUUGUGAUUCGCUUUUUUUAGUAUUUAUUUUUAUGCUUUUCUAUUCGUUAUAGAUUUUAUAUGAAAAUUACAAUACAAGAUAAUUUUUAAUGUAUUUAUUUUAUUCAUUGUGGUGUUUUAUUGAAUAUCUUAACUAUU